AUGUCCAAACAUCUUCCGCGAUCGCACGCCAGCAAGCUUCCCCCGACACACCAACUGUACAAGAGUCUACUAGCCCUUGUAUCGUUGCUGCCCAAUCUCUCCAACGCACUGCCCCUUCCCGUGAAGGGGCUAGUUGCGAGGGGGAUCAUUCACACUGCCAGCAAACACCACGAGCCGCUGUCUGACGGCGAAUUCUACAUGUACAUGGUGGCGUCGAUCUCGCUGGUUCUGCUCGGCGGUGUUUUUGCCGGUCUCACGCUGGGCCUGAUGGGUCAGGACGAGCUGUACCUAAAGGUGAUCGCCGACAGCGGGACGCCUAGCGAGCGCAAGUGGGCGCACGACGUGCUGAAGCUGAUUGGCCGCGGCAAGCACUGGGUGCUUGUGACGCUGCUGCUGUCGAACGUGAUCACCAACGAGACGCUGCCGGUGAUGCUCGACCGGUUUCUGGGCGGCGGGUUUGCGGCCGUUUUCUCUGCCACCGCGUCGAUCGUGAUUUUCGGCGAGAUCAUCCCGCAGUCCGUGUGUGUCCGGUACGGCCUGCAACUCGGAGCGUACUUCGCGCCCUUUGUGCUCGUUCUGAUGUACCUGAUGUACCCUGUGGCGUACCCGAUUGCGCUGCUGCUGGACUACAUUCUGGGCCAGGACCACGGCACCGCGUACCGCAAGUCCGGUCUCAAGACGCUCGUCACGCUGCACAAAACCAUGGGCGUCGAGCGACUCAACCAGGACGAGGUCACCAUCAUCAGCGCAGUGCUGGACCUGAAGGAGAAGCCGGUGUGUGCGAUCAUGACCCCGAUCGACAAGGUGUACACGCUGCCCUCGGACCGCAUUCUGGACGAGGAGGUGGUUGAGGAGAUCUUCAACGCUGGGUUCUCGCGGAUCCCGAUCCAUCUGCCUGGCGAGCCAACCAAUUUCGUUGGCAUGCUGCUGGUGCGGAUUCUGAUCAGCUACGACCCGGAGGACGCGCUGCCCGUUUCGUCUUUCCCGCUGGCCACGCUGCCGGAGACGUCGCUGGACACCUCGUGUCUGAACAUUCUGAACUACUUCCAGGAAGGAAAGUCGCAUAUGGUGAUUGUGAGCACGACGCCCGGCAUGGACACCGGCGCCGUGGGAGUGCUGACGCUGGAGGACGUUAUCGAGGAGCUGAUUGGCGAGGAGAUCGUCGACGAAAGCGACGUCUACAUCGACGUGAACAAGAACAUCCGGCGCAGCAUCCCCGGCCCGCUGGCCAAGAAAAACGUCUCGUCGUACCUGCACAGCCUGUACUCCUCGAGAGCCAACUCGCAGAACUCGCAGACCAGACAGUCGUCUCCUCCGGCGCCCGCGUACUACCCGAAACGCGAUAGCCAGGACACCGAGACACCGCGCGAGAACAGCACGCUCAGAAUCAAGUCGCCGCCGGUGGAGCCAGUACACAACACACAGAUCAACUCGACGACCGCCAACGGCAUCAAGCCGUCGAACCUGGCCGUCAACCCGCUGCAGACGAACAACACUCACGUGACCAUCAAGAAACAGCCCCAGCUGGACCCGCGGCCGGAGCACGUGGCGCGCAACUACGGUUCUGCCGAGGAGAACGGCGACGCGUCUGCCGACGCCCACAAGAAGCCGACAGCGCGCAAACUCUCGUCCACUCAGCACAAGGGCGUGCAGAAACGGUUCACCAUUCCGACCCAAAAGAGUGAGCGGUCGUCGGUUGACCUGUCGGACGUCCAGCACCAAACGUCGCCGUUGCCGUCUGCGGCCUCCGAACUGACCGAGCACACCGUCGGCCUGCCGAUGGCGUCGAGCCACUCGACCAGGAGCAACAGCGGGAUCAUUGAGAACAUUGUGAGCGUGCGCGGAGUGAGCAAGACCGUCAUUGGCGAGAGCGCGGUGAGCGAGGCGAUGGACAUUGGCGACGAGAACGACGCGGGUGACCCGACGCACAGCGAGAAGGUGCCGUUUCUCAAGAAGGAGAACGGCUCCAGGCCGCGCCGGGACUCGAAACGGUUCUGGGACUGGGGCUAG